AUGUCUCUCCCGGGAUUAGACCUCACGCAGCCGUCGGUGGAUAGGGAAUUCGCCCCUGCCCCGCCGACGCAGAUCAGCCUGUCCAAGGGCUCGGAAUGGCGGUUUGAAGUCGCAUUCGGCACGAUCGUUCGAGUCAAGCUCCUCGCCGGCAAUGCAGAACUCUUUGGCACCGAACUAGCUACCUCGCAGACGUAUACCUUCUCCGGAACCAAAGCCGCGAUUUACACAUGGCACGGCUGCACACUCGAAGUCAGCGCGGGGGAUACGAUUACGUCUCUGGACGGACUGCCGUCGGCCGGCGUGAACGGCACGACUGCCCCCGGGCACGGCGCGGGCGGCUGUCAGAGCGAGUACGUCGCGGAGGAGACGCCGAUGGUGGAAUAUGCCAACGUGCACUUUGCGCUGGAGACGCUGCGCCAGGAGGCCAAGGCUGAGGGAAGAGAUGGACCGCGCGUCUUGAUCUUGGGUCCUGAGGAUGCGGGCAAGACCAGUCUGGCGAAGAUCUUGACGGCCUAUUCGACUAAGGUUGGACGGCAGCCGAUCGUCGUCAACCUGGACCCGACGGAGGGCAUGCUGAGUGUGCCUGGGACCUUGACGGCCACGGCCUUCCGCACUAUGAUUGACGUCGAGGAGGGUUGGGGGAGUAGUCCCAUGUCUGGGCCGAGUGCUGUGCCGGUCAAGUUGCCGCUGGUUUACUUCUAUCCGAUGCAGAACCCGUUGGAGGAUGAGGGGUCGAUCUAUAAGCCGAUUGUGUCGCGGUUGGCGCUCUCGGUCACCGCGAGGAUGGCGGAGGACGAGGAUGCUCGUGAGACGGGCAUCAUUGUGGACACGCCGGGUCUGUUCAGUCAGAGUAAGGCCGGUAGUGUCGAGAUGAUUAACCAUAUUGUGACGGAGUUUGCAAUCACUACGAUUCUCGUCAUCGGCUCGGAACGCCUGUACAGCAUCAUGAUGAAGAAUUACGAUAACAAACCCAGCGCCAGCGCCUCGGCUGCUGCGUCGGACGAGCGCAUUUCCGUCGUGAAGCUAUCGAAAUCCGGCGGGUGUGUCGACCGCGAUGCUGCCUUCAUGAAGGGCGUCCGCGAAUCCCAGAUUCGAACCUAUUUCUUCGGCAAUCCCAUUCCCUCGACGGCGUCGGCUGCCCUGUCGGUCUCGGCGUCGUCGACCACCAACGUCACGCUCUCCCCACACGCACAGCAACUGGACUACGACUCUCUGGGUAUCUACAACUACACCAUCGCAUCCCUCGAAGAAGACGAAGACGAGUAUGAUCCCGCCUCGUUCGGCGCCAACGAUUCCUUCCUCCCCGGCGGCAGCAACGACACGGAGACCAGCGCGGUGCCCCAGUCGCAGGACGAAAACGCUGCGCCGUUGCUUGGCGUGAUCUCGUCCACCGAGACAGCGCCGCAGCCGUCCGCUGCGACGACGAUGGUGCCUUUGAAGAAGACCCUGCCACCGGCACCGAGUACCCUGGCCAACUCUCUUCUCGCCAUCACGCAUGCCCCGCCCACGGCGACUCCGGCGGAGAUUCGGGAUAGUAGCAUCAUGGGAUUCUUGUAUGUGGCAGACGUGGACAGCGAGAAGGGCAAGAUUCGGGUUCUGGCACCCGUGGGAGGACGAGUACCUCCGCGGGCGAUUGUCUGGGGGAAAGGAUGGCCCGAAGAGGUGGUGGGAUUGGUUGGAUAG